ACAAGUACCAAUCCAAAAACAGACAUUUCACCUCUUUGAUUGUUUACAAAGUAAACCUCUCUAUCAGACUUAAAUCCUCCUAUUUUCUUUCUCUUUUAUCUUGAUUUUCGUUUCUUGGCACAUGCAUCAAGCGCUCAAAACUCUUCCCUUCUGCAAGUAUUGGUCACAGAUUAAGAACAAUGGGAAGUGAUCGAGGAAAUAAUAUUCCUAGUAAACCCCGCUAUGAUAUUACCAUGUCCAGGAGAACAAGAAAGCCGUUGAUGAAUCUCAAAGAAACCAACCAAAAUCCCACAACAGGCGCGCCACGAGAAGGAAAUGCUGCUGGAGAUGUUGGUCAUGAUCGAGGAGCAGAUAGCGUUCUCACAAAAGAAUGCGGUCAUGAAGAAGUAGAGAGUCGUAAGAGCAGCUUGAAGCAACUUAUAAUGAAGAACGCAGGCAACGAAGAAAGUGAAGUAAGCAGGCUGCUGGUGGGGGAAACAAGGGUCGGAUCAGAUAAUGAAAAUAUUGAGAGCAAAUUAUUACUAGGAGGCAAGAAUUCCCUUGGCCAGCAUUUCAAGGGAGAAGAAAAGCAGCAGCUUCAAAUAGUAGUAACAAGGAAACAAGUAAAGGAAGGAAUGGAAGGAUUGAAGCUGAAAGGAAUGGUGGGUCGUUAUGUCAAGAUGGUGAGCCAUUUGAUCAGGGUCAAGCGUGACACACACAUUCAUAAUGGAUCCCGGAAAAAGCCACUUCUCCGGUUGCCCAUGUAGGCCAGCCAUAUAUUUCAAGAGGGGGACAGUAUAUAUGUUUUGAUUCUACUCAUGCAUCUGGGUGAUUUCUUAUUGUUAUGCUGUAAUUUUUCAUCAAGAUAUUAAUAGAAAUUACUAGUCCUUUAUGCUGCUUAA